GACAAAGAGACGUCGCUCAUGCACGCAAGCUCGCAAGGAGAUGCGAGGCUGACUGAACUCCUGCUGGAUGCCGGCUGCCACGUCAACUUCGUCAACGAGCAUGGCGACACCGCGUUGCUGCUGGCGGCUCGGAACGGGCACACGGACUGCCUGAGCCUGCUGGUCGAGCGGAACGGGAACCCAUCGCAUGCUAACCACCAGGAGGAGACUGCCCUGAUGCACUCGAGCAAGUACGGGCAGCUGGAGUGCGUGCAGCUCCUGCUGGGCCUCUCCAACGGGGACGAGCUGAUCCGACAGAAGAACAAGAGCGGAGCUACAAGCAUCCACCUUGCUGCUGACAACGGGCAAGAGCACGUUGUCCUCUUCCUCUGCAAGCGCGUCCCUCUCGAUGUCUUCCUCAUGCGGGCCAACAGCGGCAAGUCGUGCCUGCACUACGCGGCU